AUGUCGGGACGCGGCAAAGGAGGCAAAGGACUCGGCAAGGGUGGCGCAAAACGCCAUCGUAAGGUUCUGCGCGAUAACAUUCAAGGAAUAACAAAGCCGGCUAUUCGGCGUUUGGCACGACGUGGUGGUGUAAAACGUAUUUCGGGAUUGAUUUAUGAGGAGACACGUGGAGUGUUGAAGGUUUUCUUGGAGAAUGUUAUACGCGAUGCUGUCACUUAUUGUGAACAUGCGAAACGAAAGACGGUUACAGCGAUGGAUGUCGUCUAUGCUCUGAAGCGUCAAGGUCGUACACUCUAUGGUUUUGGUGGUUAA